GAAUUUGUAGUGAAAUAAGUCCGUCGAACCGUCGAAUUUUAGAAGAAUUUUUUUGGAGUACACAUUGCCGACAAUUAUGGUACCAAACCAGCUACACAAUAGAUAAAUACAGAAACAAUGGGUGACGAAUUUCGUCGUUUUCGUCAAGGUCCACCACGACCGAAUGGCAGAGGCGGACAAUACAGAAAUAAUUGGAGGCAGCGUGACACGAACAACGGACCGCAGUCAGAGGAAGCGCAAGCGCAGCGUGGUCGUUUUCAAGGACGACAUUACAACCAACAAGGAAACAGACCUCUUGAACAAAAUGAGAGACAAGACUCUCGUGAAAGACAACAUCCAAAUAACAGGAGUCAAAAUCAUCAGAACCAAACUCGCGUUAUGGGUUUCAGGCUUUUGGAAACUUUAGCACAAGCAGACAUUGAAGAGGUUAUCGUUAAAAUAAACAGUAGCAAAGACUCAUUUAUUAACCUCUUGAAUAACAUAAACCCCAAGGAUGAAUCCAAUCACAACAUGUUUGUACUGAUCAUGGAAUUGUUAUCCAAAGUUUCCUUGUCUACAUUCGUACAACUAAAGUUGACAUUGCUGCUCAAAGUAUGUGACUCAGAUUUCAUCGGACUAUUUGAAAUGUAUUUGAUGAACUUGCCAACAGUAACCAGAAAAACAAGAAACAAGUUGUACUGGGACAACCAAGAACGUUUUUGGUUAAACUUUUCAACAUUUUGUGAAUGCGUGAUAAACAUUUCGCCUUCGACGGCUACGCUUAAAUUAAAAUCAUUGAUAGAUAGCAUUUCUAAAUUCUGUAUAGCGGAGUUGACUGAGAGGCAUGGACUUGUUUUAUCAGAAGAAACCAAACUGAAGAUAUCUUCUUUACGACAGAGGUUGGUUUUCCGUGAAGACGAAGAAAAGACAAAGAAACAGAGACCACAAUAUCUGUUUGGUGAAGAUGAAGAACCACCGCAAAACUUCAGAGAAUUGAGCGUAGUGCCUACUCUCGAGGACCUAUUGGAUAGUCGGCCGGCAUUUCUGCGGCCCAACAUCGUAAGAGGCAAGUACCGCGACAUGGAACACUACCUUGACGUCCAGUUCCGCUUGUUGCGUGAAGACUGCUUCGGACCUCUCCGUGAUGGAAUCAAUCAAUUUUUAGCAGAUCCUAAAAGAAAAAAGUUUGACAAUAUAAAAGUUUAUCACGAUGUUACAUUUUUCGAGCCAUACAUUUCAAAGACUAAAAUUGGUUCUGUGAUUAAGUUAGAUGAAAAGACAAACAAGAGAUUCAAAAGAAUAAACUGGACGCACAGUAAGAGAUUCAUAUUUGGCUCACUGUUGUUGUUCACGAAGGAUAAUUGCAGAAGUUUUCUCACAGCUACUAUUCUUGACCGAGACGUGAAACUCUUAAACAAAGGAAUGAUACCAAUUUCUAUCGUGGACCUUGGUGUUAGUGAGAAUCUUUAUAACAACGACAAGUAUAUCAUGAUCGAAAGCGAGGUUUACUUCGAGGCUUACAUUCAUGUCUUAAAAGCACUACAGGAUUCCACAUUUCCACAGCAUUUAGCAAUGAGCAAAUACAUCGUACAUGUGGACCCUGAACCAAACCCGCCAUCUUACUUAAAUCAAGCCACUGAUUUCAAAAUCGAGCUUGAAGAUUCAAGAAAAACUAUUUUCAAACCUCUAUGUGAAGAAACAUGGCCAUCGGAAGAAGACUUGGGUUUGAACAAAAGUCAGUACGAAGCAUACAAAUUGGCACUGACUCACGAAUUUGCUGUCGUUCAGGGACCACCGGGCACUGGUAAAACUUUUUUGGGAGUGAAGGUGGCAAAAACAUUGAUUGAAAAUGUUGGACCAAGAUUUGGCUGUCUCUUGCUGAUUAUAUGCUACACCAAUCAUGCUCUAGAUCAGUUUCUAGAAGCCAUAUUACCUUUGACAAAUUCUAUUGCACGAAUUGGCGGGCAAUCUCGCAACGAAGCAAUGGAGAAAAUCAACAUCAACAAAUUGAGACUCCAAGCAACAAGAAAAUUCCCACAAACAAACCGUCUUUAUUACGAACAAAUGCAGAAUUUGAAAUGUGCCGUGAACAAAGUGCAAUAUGCUCAAAACCGUCUUCAUUAUCUACAAGAAGGACUAAUGAGCUUCAACAGCUUAAAAGACCACAUUCCUGAAGUUAGAGUUUUAGGCGAAUACUAUACUACACACAGAAGACAUAUAAAAACUGAUCCUUUGAGGCAUUGGCUAUUUGAGAACAUGGAAUUUGUUGAGUUUCAAACCAUUAUCGAAGAAGAAAAUGGAAAUCAAGACCCAGCAGACCAGCAAGUUGGUCAAAAUGCUUUUGUCAAUUAUGAAGAGGAAGAAGAGCAUGAAAGGACGAACUUUAUUUUGGACGAAUUCGAUUACGACAAUGACGACGAAAAUAGCUUUUUGGUUGAUGAACGAAUCAAAGUUAGUUUUUCUAUUGAAGACACAAAAAAAAAACUGAAUGAUGCGAUUAUUGUUUACAAGAAAUUGGACAUUACUAAUAUACAAAAACAACAGGAGAUGCAACGACAGAUGAUCGAGUUGAAAUCGUCUUUGAACCUGUUCAGCGAGAUGUCAACGUCAAGAAAUCGGGAGAUUCGUUUGCGAAUCAUAAAUGGAAUGGACUUAGCAAUUAUCCCUCUUGCCGACCGUUGGACCCUGUACUUCAGAUGGGCUGCAGUCAUUUUAAAUAAGAUCAGAGCAAAUAUGCAACCGUUACAGAUGGAAUUGAAGGAAGCUAAUACUGCUUUCGAAGAGGCAAGAAUAAUUACUGACUUGCAAGUUUUGAAAGGAAUCAAGGUGGUCGGCAUGACGACCAGUGGUGCCGCUAGAUUACGGAAACUGCUUCAAACGCUAGCUCCUUCUAUUGUGAUUAUUGAAGAGGCGGCGGAAGUUUUAGAACAGCACAUCGUCACUGCACUUACCGAGCACUGCAAGCACUUGAUCCUAAUCGGUGACCACCAACAGUUGCGUCCUUCGGCGGCGCACAUGCGAUUGGCGCGGCACUUUAACAUUGAGAUAUCAUUGUUCGAGCGCAUGAUCACUAACGGGAUUCACAGUCGGCGACUGCGCGUGCAGCAUCGCAUGAGGCCCGAGUUCGCGGAGCUCAUUUGUCCACACAUCUACACCGACCUCGAAAACCAUCCCUCGGUCCGACAUUUCCCCUCAAUUCGUGGCAUGACUGAUGACUUGUUCUUCAUGACUCACAACUUCAAAGAAGAGCAAGUGGAUGAUAGUUCGAGUCGAACGAACCAAAAAGAAGGCGAUCUAAUUCUUGGCCUCGCCAACUACCUGAUGCAACAGGGCUACCAACCUGAAGAAAUUACAAUUCUUGCAGCUUACUCUGGCCAAAUGUUCUACAUGAGAAAGCAACGCGGUCAUUACUUGCAUCUGUCGAAAGUGAAAAUUACCGUGUUGGAUAAUUAUCAAGGCGAAGAAUGCAAAAUCAUACUGCUAUCUCUCGUGAGAAACAACAAUGAUAACAAAAUUGGGUUUUUGGGGACGGAGAACAGAGUUUGUGUUGCGCUCUCAAGAGCAAGAGAAGGCCUUUACAUAUUAGGCAAUAUUGAUAUGUUAAAGAAGAAUUCAGAAAUUUGGCGGAAAAUCGGAAAUACACUAGAAGAAAAUGUGUCUGUAGGAUCACAGUUGAUAUUAAAGUGUGAAAUGCACCCGACGCAAAUAACAACGAUCACAUCAGCCGAAGACUUCAGUAACAAAGCGCCGGAAGGCGGAUGUCUUCUGAAGUGCAACUUCAACUUGCCAUGUGGGCACCGAUGCCCCCUCGUCUGCCAUGGCUACGAUCGAGGCCACGUCAAUACAAAGUGCAAUUUGAAAUGCGAAAGAGUGCUCUGCGAUUUGGGGCACGUAUGUCCGUUGAUCUGUUCAACGACUUGCAAGCCUUGCGAGCGACUGGUGGAGAAGACAUUACCCUGCGGCCAUAGGAUGCGCGUAUAUUGCCACCAGGACCCUAGUGACCCUGCCGUCCGAUGCCUUACCACUGUCACCGUCACCCUGCCAAAUUGUAAACACGAGACCAAGAAACCAUGUUACUUGGAAAUUGGGGCAGUGAAGUGUCCGGUGCCCUGCAAGCACCGAGUCAAGUGUGGCCACGGGUGUCGCUUCAAAUGCCACGUCACCGAUGAUCCGGACCACGAGAAGUAUGUAUGCAUAAAACCUUGUGCUAAAGCGAAGAAAGAGUGCACUGCUAACUUAGACGGUGAUCGCGGGGACCAUCAGUGCCAGAGACAGUGCUACGAAGAAUGCGACUACUGCACGUUUGAGGAACGGUGCGAGCGGAAGUGUCUUCACGGCGCAUGCCGUCACCGCUGCGGCGAGCCGUGCAGCCGGCCGCCGUGCAACGUGCGAUGCACCCACGUGCUCCGCUGCGGCCACGCCUGCCGCGGCCUCUGCGGGGAGCCCUGUCCGGACGUCUGCCAGAAUUGCCGGCCCGACCAGUUCCCCAAGGACAUCCUCGGCGACGACCUCGAAGAAGACGACAGACUCAUUCAACUACAAGAUUGUCCACACGUUUUCGAAGUUGAGUUCCUGGACGGUUUAAUCAGAACAAAUUACGACGAGGUAAAAAUACCCGCAUGUCCAUUGUGUCGAAAACCAAUUAUAAAUACGUACCGAUACAAAGACCGAAUCAACACAAUGUUUAAAGAAGUCAUCGACCCGAUAAAACAACGAGUGUAUGGCACCGAAGAAAAAAUAAAUGAGGAAAAGAAAGCGCUGGUUUUGAAACUUGAUGAAUUCCAAAUUACCCAUGCAAAGGCUUUAGCAGAACAACCAUCUAUAAAGAAUGCACUACAAACUCUUCAGAAAGAAGUAAAAAAUAAGAAGAAAGUAUCACUAACAAAUCUGCAAAUGCUAUGUCUUUAUCUUAACAUACUAGACAUGAUUGGAGAAAAAUACCAAAAAUACAAAGAAGCUAGAUUAACGGUACUUGAAGAAGAACUGUACGAUCUUGUCAAAAGUGUAUGCCAAAUUUUAUCCGAAAAUGUACAUAAAAUAAGCCAACAGCUUCAAAAAGACAUGUUGAAUGAGAUAAAAAGGAUGAAUUCCACAAUUCAAUUAUCGAAGAUUCUCAGCCAUGCUUUGUAUUUGGCGUCAAAAGAUAAUCCUAACGUCAAAAAGGCGGCCAAUGAAGCGAAAUCGACAGUCUUAAUUUGGAGCGUGUACAAAGAAGAAGAAAGCUUAAAAGUUCUAAAACAGCUGCAAGAUGCUGUUAAAGUUUCUGGUAUCGUUAGUAAAGAAGAGCGCGCUAUGAUAGUCCAAGCUAUAGGUUUGAAACAGGGUCAUUGGUUCAAAUGUAAGAAUGGCCAUUUUUAUUGCAUAGGAGAGUGUGGUGGAGCUAUGCAGCGAGGCAUUUGCCCGGAAUGCGGCGCUGCAAUAGGGGGUGUUAGCCAUACACUGGACCCAGGGAACAGUCUUGCAAGCGAGAUGGAUGGUUCACAGUUCCCGGCUUGGUCCGAUCAGUAUAAUAACAUGGCCAAUUUUAAUUUUGAUUUUUAAUCAGUAAAUAAAUAAUGGCAAUAAUCUUAUAUAAAAUUCAAACUGGGGGUCUGAAAACAUAACCGCCGAGGCAAAAAAAUAACGGACGAUUAAAAACUUUUUUUAUAUUGAUAAAAUCACUGGACCUUAUGCUAUUGUUUUAUUU